AUGAUGAAGAUUUUUUAUCAGUUUGAAUUAUUAUCUGCCUUGUAUCUACUGAGUAUCUUGAUAAACUCGUUCCUAAUCUAUGCUGUUUGGCGACAGAAAAAGCUCAGUAUAACUUCUUUUCAAUUUGUUGCAUGUCUCAGCUGUUCAGAUAUACUUUUGUGUUCGUUUGGCUUGCCAAUUGCAGUGAUCUACAUUACAGCUUCACGCUCCUCGCAAGCACAGUUUUAUGAUGCUUUGGUUAUCCUUGGCAUCUUAAAUGCAUUUUUUACUAACACUUCUACUGGUAUGAUCCUAAUAAUUGCAGUCGACCGAUUUAUUCAUAUGAGAUAUUUGCUGCGUUACAGAGAAGUCAUGACCAAAUAUCGUGCUUUUGGCCUAAUUCUUGGCAACUCUCUUGUUGCUUCGCAUACUGUUAUAAUUGGUAAGGUUAUACCAUUGUACAGAAGGGAAUUUGUCCUGGCAAAUCUGCGAGGCUACGUCACUUACAUAGUGACAUUUGAUAUUUUUUAUAUGCUGAUGAUAAUAUCCAUAUUCUUUAUUCAUAUCGCGACGUUUCUAACAAUAAGAAAACGCACGAAAAAUCAAAGAAGUUCAAUUAAUGCAAGCUCCUCAAGAACACUGCAUGGGAGAACAAAUGAUGAAACAAGCUUUCAGGAAACCAUUGACUCAAGCAAAUGUGGCACGAAGAGGGGACAAAGAAGGGCCAGAAGAAAAUCCGAUAGGGAGUUUGCUAAAGGAAUGAUCAUUGUCUUCGGCUCUAUGCUGUUUUUCUUUCUUCCAAAUAUCUGCAUAGCAAUCAUAAACAAUUUACUGGUCAUCUCAAAUGAACGAGCUUUGCUCCUAAAAUUAUUUCCUGUUAUUAUUCAUGUCAGGCAUUUGUCCUACGUCGGAAUCGUUAUGAACUGUUCCAUAAAUGCAGUGAUCUUGAUUGCGUUUAGUGCAGAACUAAAGAGGUUCACAAAGCAGCUCUUGUGUUGCAGCAAACGCGUCGAUGUUGGCUAA